AUUAAGGAGCUUUUCGGCUGACGAUAUCAAAGUGAAGGCAAAUGAAAAGUAUAAAGCUAAAAACUAUGAAGAUGCCAUUCGACUAUAUAGUCAUGCAAUUGAGCUAGAUCCAACUUCGCCUACAUUUUACACAAACCGUGCCGCUGCCUUGAUGAUGUUGAAAAGACCAAAAGAUGCACUUGAUGAUUGUCAAAGAGCAUUAGUUUUAGAUCCAACAUCAACCAAAGCACUUCUCCGUGGUGCAAAAUGUAAUUUUUCACUUGGUAAUCUCUCAGAGGCGGAUCGGUGGUAUACCAGAGUUUUACAUGCUGAUCCUAACAAUAAACAAGCAAUUACGGAAUAUCAUCAAUUGCAACAAGUGCAAGAUUCCAUUAAGCAGGCUGAAUCAUAUUUACAGAAUGGACAAUAUUUCCUUGCUGCAAAUUUAAUUGAUAGGGCAUCUUCUUUUUUGGAUGAA